ACGCCCCACAUGUCGUCAUUACGCAAGGGGUGGCGACGUGGAAAACAUGGAGGAAAGGAGUAUGUAGAGUAAACUUAAUUGUCUCAAAUUCCACACAGUUUCAAGUAUUUGCCUUUGUAAGUUACACUUGAUAAACAAAUUGGACAGAACGGCUAAUUAGUGUAAAAAACAGUCGCCACCUAACGAUCCUGGAAGUCGAGAGACCCACGGAAACUGCCAGAAGCAUUUAUGACAGGAUUUGGCAUAUGCUUGGUGAAAAAGCAGUGAAGAGUGGUGAGUCUGGCUGAGUGGAGCUAGUAGAGAUGGGAGCCAACACCAGCCAAGUCAGUGACCUUUCCGAUAACCCCAGCCUCAAGGCCCUGGUGGGCACGGAGUCCAUAUCAGAGAAUGACCCUUUCUGGAACCAGCUCAUUUCCUUCACCUUCAUCAGUCCCACCAGCAGUUGCGACUCCAAGUUGCUGGAAGAGGCUGUCAUCCCCCUGGCCAAGAUCCUCAUUGAAAACAAUCCCAGAACAGGGAACUUUGGUGCUCUUGUGAGAAUUUUCCUGGGAAGAACCAAAGAGUUGAAAAUCUCUACAGAAUGCCAAGAUCAGCUGUUUAUCUGGCAGGCCCACAACGCACUGUUCAUGAUUCGCUGUCUGCUCAAGGUGUUCAUCAGGGAGAUGAGUGAAGAAGAGCUGCACCUGCAGUUCUCCUACCAGGAGAGGGCACCAGGCUCCUGUGGAGAAACAGGCAGCCAAGACCUCCUUGAGGAGCUGUUGUCCAACCUCGUUCACCUGAUUGUUGAAGUGCCCCUGCUUGACAUCACCUAUAGCAUCCUGUUUGAAGCAGUGACCACGCUUCUGGUAUUCUUCUCCUAUCAGCUCUUCCACAAAGACAUCCUCCGAGAUGGAUUAAUCUACCAGCACAUCAUGAAGGGACGAUGUUUGUCUUUAACCAGUCGACUGGUGAAGACCCUGCUCUAUAACUUCAUCAGGCAGGAGAAAUGUCCACCUCCAGCAACCCACAUCUUUGACCCGAAAGAUGAGGGAGGCCUGCUUUACGGCCUGGCAUCUGGGGUGGCAAGUGGGCUAUGGAGUGUCUUCACAUUGGGUGGAGCUGGCAGCAGAACCGGGAUAGACCAGGAACACAACCCCUUACCUCUGUCCAAUCAGAGCCUUCUGUUACUGCUUGUUCUAUCCAAUCUGACAGAUGGGCCUGACUGGCCCAACCCCUACCGCCAGGCUAUUACUUGUUUCAGAAACACACAAGACACAUCGUCUCUUCCCGUGGAGCAACCUCACACUUUCCAGAUCAAUUUCAACAGUCUGUACACAGCGUUGUGUGAGCAGCAGCGCUCUGACCAGGCCACACUACUACUGUACACCCUCCUUCACCAGAACGCCAACAUGAGGACAUACAUGCUCUCCAGAACCGACAUGGACAAUCUGGUUUUGCCCAUCCUCGAGAUCCUUUACCACGUGGAGGACAGAAAUUCUCAUCAUGUCUACAUGGCACUCAUUAUUCUCCUCAUCCUAACAGAGGACGAUGCCUUCAAUCGCUCCAUCCAUGAGGUGGUAUUGAAGAACAUCUCAUGGUACACAGAGAGGACAUUGACAGAGAUCUCACUUGGCAGUUUGCUUAUCCUGGUGGUCAUCCGCACCAUCCAAUUCAACAUGACCCGGACAAGGGAUAAGUACCUCCACACCAACUGUCUGGCUGCACUUGCCAACAUGUCAGGCCAGUUUCGUUGUCUCCACCAGUACGCUGCCCAGCGCAUCAUCAGUUUAUUUGCUUUGCUUUCCAAAAAGCACAACAAGGUUUUGGAGCAGGCAACACAGUCUCUGAGAGGCAGACAGGGAGACAACACAGCCUUGCCCGACUAUGCCCAGGACCUGAAUGUGAUUGAGGAGGUGAUCCGCAUGAUGCUGGAAAUCAUCAACUCUUGCUUGUGCAACUCUCUACACCACAACCCCAACCUGGUGUACGCGCUGCUCUACAAGAGAGAGCUCUUUGAGCAGUUUAGGAUGCACCCAUCCUUCCAGGACAUCAUGCAGAACCUGGACACGGUGAUCGGCUUCUUCAGUCAGCGUCUCGAGCAGGCUGGAAGUGACCUGUCAGUUGAGAGGGUCCAGGAGGUCAUCAUGAAAGGAGCCCAGGCCCUGCCCAACGACAGACUGAAGAAGUUUCCGGAGCUCAAGUUUAAGUAUGUGGAGGAAGACCAGCCAGAGGAUUUCUUCAUCCCCUACGUCUGGUCCCUGGUCUUCAACUCUGGAGUCGGCCUUCACUGGAGCCCACAUGGCAUCGAGCUGUUCAGUAUGGACUCUGGCUGAAACACCUGCUGCAGCAGACUGCGGGUGUCUUCAUCACCGUUGUGUGUGUGUGUGUGUGUGUGUGUGUGUGUGUGUGUGUGUGUGUGUGUGUGUGUGUGUGUGUUUUUGGGUGGGUGUGUUUUUGGGUGGGUGUGUGCGCAUUGCCCUUUAUAGUAUGUGCACGCUGCUUUGAAAGUGCCUCGACCUUGUACAGAAUGGUGUUUCUUUUUUUCCUCAUAUCAUAAUAACUGCUCUGCUUCUACACUGUGAAGCUUCAUCUGUACUGCUGUACUGGUUGACAGUACACACAGUAGCGCCCACUCAUGUACAGUCAGUCCUGUAGGGAAUACCUAUUUAACAUUUGAGCAGCAUCACCUGGUUCCAUAGCACAUGCCGAGUUACAUCUCUUCUGUAAAGCAUUUUGUUAUUGUGAGGAGCUCAGGACACUAGCGAUGGAUAAUCCUACGUUAUUUUCUUGCUUAUAAAGAAAAGGUCAACUAAAACACAUGCACCUAAGUGUUAUACUGCUCUGGUAAACAUUCAUUUAACGCUGCACUGAAUGCUAAGAAAUAGUACCAACUUAAUCUUCAAGACAUGUCUUGGAAGACACAAUAUUAAUUUCAUGAAUAACUUAUAUGAUAUUGAGUUUUAAGUAUGAUUAUCUGGUAGCGUUUUAUUUUGACCAAUAUUGUUCUCUGAAUACAAUGGGUUUGUAUAAAAGAUUUGUGAUUGUGAAAUAAACUUUAAAAAAAAGGGGGGGGUCAGAAAAAGAGAACCAACAGAAAGUUUUAUUGUAACAUGCAGGGUUUUCAGAUUUGACUCCACCAGUGUUGCUUGGUGGCCACCUCCAAUAACCCACCUUGAAUUACAGUUUAAUUAAUGCUUAAUUUCAGUCCCUGGAUAAUGUUAGCAGUCCACAUCGCUGUGAUUUCAUUGUUGCUUCCAGCCCAUUUAUUUGACUUUACCCUGUCUUUGUCGUUUCCAUUUUUUUCAUGAUGUUAACCCAAGGCAAGUACUUAAACUAGGACAAGUCAUUAAACCUCCUGUCCUGUUGUGCAUAAUUACAUUUGUCUCUUUGAUUUGUCACUUUAUUUGCAUGUUUAACUAGAGACUUUGUAUUAAAUUAUUUAUUUUCAUGUAUAUUGUUUUUUUAUAUAUUCAGCCCCCCAAAAUGUAAACGGUAGUAGUACUGAAAUGACUACUACUAAUGAAAGAAAAACGGUGGUACUAUACUUUGAUUCUUCCCAGGUGGGAAACUGGCUUUAUGUUAUUAUUAUAUAUACAUAUAAUAUGACAACAGCUGUCAUUUUGUGGCGAAUAUUACAUUGAAAAUAGGAGUUUAAAUAAAAAUAUGAAAUCAAAGCAA